AUGGACAUUUUUCCAGAGCUGGCAUAUCGAAUAACAAAUCCUCUUUUUCGCCAUCUAAGAAAAGACGGAAGAAAAAUGGAAAUUUAUGAGAAGGUGAAAUUUGAAACUUUAAAAAAAAAAUUUUUGUUUUCUAUUUUUAAAAAUAAAGAACUUUGUUUUUUCCAGGCAGAGGCGUAUUGGUGUCAGGCGAGUCAAGAUGUUGAUGGGAUGUUGGGUGGCUUUGCAAAAUUGCACGCUCCAGAUAUAGCCGUAUCUCGUGUGUUCUUGAGCAAUCUGAAAAAGAAGGUUGAUUUUUGCCCCUGCAAAAUAAUAUAUUGCCUUACAUUAGAUGCCUGGCCAAUCUUGAUUUUAAUUAAAUCCGCUUUAUUUUCCAAAACAUACACACAUCUAUUUACACAAUGAUGAUUUCUUUUAGAAAAAAUAGAAGAGAUGACUAAUCCAGGGACCCUUUUUCUUCCAGAAUCUUCUUCAAUCCACUGAUUAUGCUCUAGAUUGUGGUGCCGGAAUCGGUCGAGUCACCAAACAUCUUCUAAUGCCAAUGUUCGCCAAAGUGGACAUGGUUGAUGUGAUACAAGAUCUGAUCACAAAAUCCGAUGAAUAUAUUGGAACUUCAGAGGGUGUUGGUGAAAAAUUUGUGGAGGGUUUACAAAACUUUGCGCCGCCUGAAAAACGUUAUGAUUUGAUAUGGAUACAAUGGGUUUCGGGACAUCUAACCGAAGAGGAUUUGAUCAGUUUUUUCGAGCGAUGCAAGGUAUAAAAUACUUUGUUCUAUAAAAUUUUAAUGAAAACAUUUUUUUAACAGGAAGGAAUCAAACCAGACGGCUGCAUUGUUUUGAAAGAUAACAUCGUUGGAGGCGAUAAAACACUUUUUGAUGAUGAAGAUCACAGUUGGACUAGAACCGAGGUAUUUCACACGCUCUCCUUACUUGAAAACAUCUUAACCUGAAAAAAUUUCAGCGCGAGUUGCUGAAAGUUUUCAAAGACGCCAAGCUGGAAAUCGUCUCGAAAAGUUUGCAAACCGGAUUUCCUCACGAUAUGUAUCCAGUGAAAAUGUACGCGUUGAAGCCUGCAAAAUAA